AUGUUUGCUAGACAGCGCACAAACUGCCCUUCUAACUCCUCGAUGGACAUUCGACUUUCCAAAACGCGAUUGGAAGUGUCUGUCAACAUGGGCAAUUUUGACGUCCUCACUGUCUCACCAGCGCGUACUCACUUGAAUGACGGAGCUUGGCAUCAUGUGCGCGUCCAUCGAUCUCUCACUGCAAUUCUCGCCGAAGUGGACGAAGGAGGUGGCCCCGGUCUCUCUGCCUUUUUGCCUCUCGAUCCCACUUCCAAUUUUCUCAAGUUCUCUAUUGGAACAAAGAUUCUAAUAGGUGCAAGACGCGAUUUCCUACCUGACAGUCCGCCAUUGGCCAGUAAUGAAGUGCGUCCCUCUGGCUCCAGCAUUGGUGAUACUUGUUUCCGUGAUCUCCGUUUGAACAGUGCCUGGUACCCUCUUAAUCAGGCUGAAAUUAAGGCUGCUGGUACUGAGGGCUACGUGAGUAGUAUAAAUGGUUUCGGUGACAACCAUGAUGCCUGCUCUGGUCUUACUCCU